AUGGAACCGAAUCAGCCUUCGAGUGAUGGUGAUGGAGCCACAUUGUUAGGGGAAACCAGUUACCCACUGAAAGUCACUGAAGACAUCUGGUUUGGAUGCUUUUCCUGCAGCUAUGUAACCAGAGAUCAACGUGCAAUUCUGUACCACCUGGCUGCCCAUGGUGAUGAACAAUCCAAGUGCCAUCAUCCUCCCAUGUCUGGCUCUAAGUCCCAAGUGCUUGGCAGCUCUCAAAAGUCCAAGAGUGAAAAGCCAUUUAAGUGCAAGCUUUGCUCCCAAGAGUUUGCUUAUAGUUCCCUUCUGACCUGUCAUAAUCAAACACACACUGGUGAAAAGCCAUUCAAGUGCAUGAAAUGCCCCAAAGCAUUUGCUCAGAGUAAAAAGUUAAUCUGUCACAGUGGAACGCAUACAGGUGAAAAGCCAUUUAAGUGCAAGCUGUGCCUUAAAGCCUUUUCUCACAAUUAUUCUCUGCAAAGCCAUAAUCGAACGCACACAGGUGAAAAGCCAUUUAAGUGCAAGCAGUGUCCCCAAACCUUUGCUGAAAAUUCCACUCUGAGAAAUCAUAAUCGAAUGCACACUGGUGAAAAGCCAUUCAAGUGUAAGUGGUGUCCUCAAGCCUUUGCUAGGAAUUCCCAUCUUAGAAGCCAUAAUCAUUUGCACAGUGGUGAAAAGCCAUUUAAGUGCAAUUAG